CCCCUGGUAUCCUUCUUUCAUGGAAUCCGGCGAACCAGAAACAGCCUUCGAGUUACUCCCACUUCUUCGCGUCUACAAGAACGGACGAAUUGAGCGCCUCAUCGGCACUGAUUUCGUUCCACCGGGGACCGACCCUCUCACCGGCGUCACAUCCAAAGACGUAACAAUAUUCCCGGAAUCCGGCGUCUCCGCCAGACUCUUCCUCCCAAACCUCACUCACUCGACUCAACGCCUUCCCCUCGUAGUCUAUUUCCACGGCGGUUGCUUCUGCACACAAUCCCCAUUCACGGCCAAGUACCACAACUACCUCAACGCCCUCACCGCCGAAGCCAGAGUCCUGGCGGUUUCCGUCGACUAUAGGAAGGCACCAGAGCAUCCCGUUCCCACCGCCUACGAAGAUUCAUGGGCUGCCCUUCAAUGGGCCAUUUCACAUUGUGAGGGGAAAGGACCUGAGGUUUGGUUGAACAAACAUGCAGAUUUCAGAAGGCUGUUUCUGGCCGGAGCUAGUGCCGGUGCCAACAUCGCCCACAACCUGGCGAUGUUGGACGGCGAACCUGAUUACGGGGAGAACAUGGAGCUUGUUGGGGUUGCUUUGGAGCAUCCAUAUUUCUGGGGAAGUGUGAGAACUGCUAAGGAGGCAGAGGAUCCACUGAGGACGACGUUGUUUGAUCGGCUGUGGGGGUUUAUUUGUCCAGCGAGACCGGAGAACGAUGAUCCAUGGGUGAAUCCUGUGGCUGAGGGGGCAGCGAGGCUGGCUGGGAUGGGAAGUGGGAGGGUUCUGGUUUGUGUGGCGGAAAAGGAUGUGCUGAGAGACAGAGGAAGGCAUUACUAUGAGGCGUUGGCGGGCAGUGGGUGGUUGGGGGUGGCAGAGAUUGUGGAAACAGAGGAUGAGGAUCAUUUGUUUCAUUUGAAUGAUUUGGAAGGUCAGAAGGCUAAGGAUUUGAUCCGAAGGCUGGGGGCUUUCUUCAACAGAGACAUGCCCCAUUCACUGCUGCGUUGAGUCUGGUCUUCUAUUUCUAAGGCUAAUAUUUCCAAGAAACCAAAUUUGUAAUUUUUGUUAAAGUUAUGCAGAGUUCAGAGACCACAUUUGAUA